AUGGCACUCUUUGCGAGUAUCCACUUCGCCAUCCUGUUGAUCACCAUGUUCCUGGCGGCCAAGGGUAUUGCUGAGAACAUUCACGGGAAUGUUACCCUUGUCUCGCCAACUUCGGCACCAGUCUACCCACCAUCCAUCCCGGACAGUGUCCUAAUACCUCCCAUGAUUCCCAUUGUCGCUCAUCUUGGGCCUAUUCGGACCCGCGAUACUACCACUGGGAUGGAGACUGAGCCUUGCUCGACCCCUUCGCCUAUCCAGACCGAGACCAAGACUGAGACUGUGUCAUGCUUGACUCGGUGCCCCAGCGAGAAGAGGACCACCUCUGCUGUCCUUGUUACUACCAUCCCUUUCACGAACUCGUUCACUCACACCCAGGCUAUUACUGCACCGCUUGUUCCUGACACCGUCGUCACUUACCCGCACGAGGCUUCCUCGGAGAUUUUGACUCUUCCCAGUGGUCUGGUCUUGACUCACCCUUAUGACGCGUCGGGCAGUACCAUUACUGCAUAUGUUUUGCCCAAGCCUCCUCCUACAGAGAUUAAGCCUCCCAGCACCAAGACUGCUAUUAAGAGUACACUUAGUAAGACAUUUGCUUCACACAUCUCGACCUCCGAUAGCUUGAGCCUGGGAGCCCCCACUGCUGCUCGCACUUCCACUGUUCCACCCACUGUCCACGUGAACAGUGCUCAGAGGCUAAAGAUCCACGAGCUGUUUGCUACCGGCAUCUUCCUUCUUGUCUGCUACUUUAUUCAGUGA